AUGGAGCCGCUAGGCGAGAACGGCCUAUGUCUGAGUGAACUGGAACUUCAUGGGGGUGGUCACCUGCACGAGUCGGUGGCUGCUUCCGUGGGCUCUGCGAUAUCGAGUCUAAUGGCGCCGCUACACCAUGAACCUCAACACACCCCCUUGCACCAUGCUCACGCUCCACUUCACCACGAACCGCUUGAGAAACUUAAAUUAUGGGCGGAGACAGGCGAAUUUAGAGAUAGCGGACACUCGUCACUCGCGUCCGGCGGCUCGGGGGUAGAGCAGUCGCUAUACGCGCCGCCCAGACCUCGCCGCGACCGCAAAAUGACAGAUGAUACUCUACUAUUUGUCGUAGAUCGUCCACUUACAUCAGAACCGACAAUAAAGACAGAGUCAACAACUCCCGGCGUGGGUCCCGACGAACCCUUAGACGAUAAAGGAGAUAAGAAGAAUAAGCGGCAACGAAGGCAAAGGACACACUUCACCAGCCAACAACUUCAAGAACUUGAGGCGACCUUCGCGCGAAAUCGUUAUCCUGACAUGUCCACCCGUGAGGAGAUCGCGAUGUGGACUAACCUUACUGAGGCGAGAGUUAGGGUAUGGUUCAAAAAUCGGAGAGCAAAAUGGCGGAAACGUGAAAGAAAUGCUAUGAACGCAGCAGCGGCCGCGGCCGCUGAUUUCAAGAAUGGUUUCAGCACGCAAUUCAACGGUCUAAUGCAGCCAUUCCCCGACACCGAUGCGCUGUACUCAUCUUAUCCUUAUAACAAUUGGGCUGCAAAAGUGCCUAGUCCGCUGGGCACUAAGAGCUUCCCAUGGCCUGUGAACCCUCUCGGAUCAGUAGUACCAGCAAGUCAUCACCAAGGUUCUGUGAACUGCUUCAACACGGCAACAUCGAUGGGCGGCGUGGGCAGCGGUGGUAUGGGCGGUGUGGGCGGUUCAGGGAGCGUGGGCGGCAGUGUAGCACCUUGUCCGUACACAGCUCCACCGAAUCCUUAUAGUAUGUACCGUGCCGAACCAUGUCCUGCGAUGUCAUCUUCGAUCGCUUCGUUGCGAUUGAAGGCAAAGCAGCACUCAUCGAGUUUUAGCAGCGGCUACGGAACAGUGUCACCAGUGUCGCGGGCUGGGUCGGCUCCCCUAUCAGCGUGUCAGUAUGCAGCGGGCGGGGUCGUGGACCGUGUGCUU